AUGCCAAUGUUACCUGAUUUGGUUAGUAAUGUAGCAUGUAGCCAAGAUAGAGAUAGAUUCUCAAAUGUAUUUGAAUAUUUAUUCUGUGAGACAGUUAAUCCCAUUAUGCACAUCGAAAAUGAUAUUAUAUUGGAAGAUUUUCGUAGAACGGAAUGUAUACAAAAUCCUCGGAAUUUGGAGGAUUGCAAAAUUAACUAUAAUGAUAUUCAACAUCUAAGAAAAUUUGCGGCAUCUAUUUUGCAUUAUAAGCAUAAAGAUCUGCAAUAUCUAAAAUCUAGUGUAUCACCGAAAGAUGAUGGAGUCCAUAUAUCUGAGGAUCAUGAUUUAAUAACGUUGGCCAAUAUUGAAAAACUGCAUUCUCUAGAUACUGAAACUAUAUAUCAUGACGAAAGCGAAAAUAUAAUUAUAACCGACAUAAAACAAGAUACACAAUUGAAAUCGUCAGAUUUAUUAUGGGCUACCGAGAUAUUAGGAAAGUUGGUUCCCAACGAGGACACCUUAGAUGCUCUAUACAAUAUACCUAAACCGCCUAAAAAAGGAGAGUGGGAUUCCCAAACUCUCAGUCAAACAUUUGAAGAAGGUGACCAACCUCAACAAGUUUCUUUUUCUGAAAUUCCCAUUUGUUUUAUCAAGGCCUCUUACAACAAUACCAUAAUAGAUGUUAGAGAUCCUACAGUUUCAGCCAGUUCAUAUCUACUCAACACUAAUUCUAGUAACUCGUCAUUAGGCAAUAAUACUUCGAGUGAAGGCUAUCAGCAAUUGUGUUACAGCAGUUGCGGUGUCGAAGGCUUCAAAAAUGCCAAAAAAGGAACAAACAUAGCCGGCCAGGCUACAGGGCUAUCCGUUGCGUCUAAAUGUCUGCAAAAAGGUAUCUAUAUGGUAAGAGUUGUUGUCCAAGGCAUUGGCCCUGGUAGAAUGGCUUCUCUAAAAGGCUUACAAAUGGGAGGAUUAAAAAUUGUUUCUAUUACUGACAAUACGCCACUCCCAUUUAAUGGACUUAGACCCAGAAAACAAAGAAAAAUUUGAGGCAGCCAUUCUAAUUUAUUUUUUUGUAUAAUAUAUAAAAAUACAUGUAUUUAUUAAAGAAUAUUAAUCAAUAUAUAUUUUAAAUAAAGUGUAUGUAACUUAAUUCAUGUUAAAU